CCAAACACAGAGAAAUGCGUGUCACAAUGCUUGUCAUGACAAUGAAUCUAAGUUUCUAAAAUAUUGUUAAAUUUUCGAAAAAUUUGUAAUUUUAUAUUUUUUAUAUUCUAUAGAUUAGAGACGUAGAAAUUCUAUAAGCAAUGUGUAACACAUUAAUAAACAUUUAGAUUCAUAAUUCAAGAAUCAUAAGUUCUCAAGGCUGAAUGAUUAUGUUAUUUUUUUUUUAUUGUAUUGACGUAAAUGAAAGUAAUUAACUAAUUUAAUUUUUUCUUUUUCCUUAUUUAUCAGUUUAGUAAAAUGUUUUUAUUCAAACUCUUAUUUUUAUAUUUAUUUCCUCUACUGAUGGUGACGUGAGUUUCCGGUGAUCUGUGCUGGAACAGCGGUAUAAUUUGGUUUGAUAAUAAAUUACGGAUCAGUGCAAGACGCAUACUACUGUAAAAAAAAGAUAUACAUAUAAAAAUGGCGUUUUCAAAACCAACGGAAAUGAUAUACAAUUUUGCAAGUGUCUAUUUUCAAUAUCUUUAUAGUAAUCCGGUGAAAACAAAAGCAAUUGCCAGCUGCAUUAUUAAUGUUUUGGGAAAUUUAAUACACCAGAAGUUAACUGGGAGGAAAUCUAUAGAUGAAGAUAGACUUAUUGCAUUUGGUCUUUUUGGAUUAUUAUUAGGAGGUUCUGUACCACAUUAUUUUUAUUUAUAUACACGUUCCUUGACAAAAUAUCCAUUGACUUUGCUUCUGAUAGAAAGAUUGAUUUAUACACCUUGCUUCCAAGCACUAACGUUAUACAUACUUGCUCGAUUAGAGGGUAAAUCUCACAAAGCUUCAAAGGAACAAUUACAAAAGCUUUACUGGCCUGUUCUUCUAGCCAAUCUCAAAUAUUUAACAUUAUUUCAAUUUAUCAAUGUAAAAUAUGUUCCCUCAAUGUUACGCGUUUUAAUAUUAGAUUUAAUCAGUUUUAUAUGGUCAAUUUAUCUCACUAAUGAAUGCAAAAAAGCAUCUGUUACUGAUAAGAAAUCAAAGAAGUAAUAUUUUAAUAUAAUGUUAUUGAUUUUAAUUGGUAUGUAUAAAAAUAAAAAAAUUAAAUAAUCGAAAUAAAAAGAACACACACACACACACACACACGCAUACAGGUAUUUUUACAUUAAUUAUAUAAUAAAAAUGUAAAGAUAGUUUAAAUUAAUAUUUGGGAUGUAUUUCAUGAAAUAGUUAUUAUAUUGUGCAAAGUUGUUUACAAAUAAAAGUGGCUACUGGUGUAAUUAAUAAACAAUUCUAAUGUUCAA